AUGAGCAAAUCUAGUAAAAAGUCCACUUCAAUCUGGACAAGUACCCCAUUGGUACCUAAAACAUUAUCUCUCUUCCUUCCUGCUAUCAUUGAUGUGUUACUCUUUCUCUCUUCCACCACCACAUUCCCCGUAUUCAUCUAUGACCAAGACGGAAGAACGUAUGAUAUAGCCGCUACUGGAUUUGGACCGAACAAUUACAUGGGGAAAUGGAAUUAUCCUCCACCUGAACAAUGGGAAUCACCAGUCACACAAAUACCAUUGGUAUUGUUACUGGAAUUUGUACUUGCUAUUCUUCUCGGGGUAUUCGUAUUGUUUCUUGGAUACGUCAUGUACGCCAAUCCUAAAGGUAUCAGUCCCAAUUGGCGUUGGUUCUUCACUAUCAUCUUCAUAGGGUUAGUCGAACUUGCCGGAUGGUGGGAUUUCGCCAUAUGGCAAAGAGCCAAAGCAAAAGGACAAGAUCUGAAUGCGACAGUAUUAGGUGGUUUUCAAUCAAUCGGCGUUGGUAUACUGGGAGUGAUUUGGUUGAUAGCGUUUGGCUUGACGAUCAAAAUCGAAAGAGAUCUGAUAAAGGCAAAGGCGAAAGCUAAAGCCAAAUCGAGAAGAAAACCAUAG